UAGCUAAGUGACAUGUACCGAGCACAUCAUACUAAAAGGGCCUCGUAUGCCAUUUUCUUUCUCAGUUUCACUCACGCGUAUUCUGAGCAGCAAGAUGAAUGUCACUGACUCCAAUUUACGAGGUCAAAAUUUUGCCCUGACCUUGGGACAUCGCCAGGAAAUCGCACGUAUUGUCAUUGCCAUAGUACGCAACGUUCACAGCACAGACCAAAGGUCGUAAAUGCAUAUGCGAUUGUGGAUUUGUGUAGCACAUUAUCGUACGGCUUCAUAAAUUCCGAAUUCACCAAAGGGAUUCCAAAUCCGUCAUUGAGUCAUUUGGGCUUGCUUUUCGCAUUCAACAGCUAUAACAUGUCCCUUCUCAAGAGUGUGUUGUGGUUCCUGGACGUCCGCACAGCGCUGCUGUGCCUGGUUCUCUUCCUGGUUCUUCGCUGGUUCUUUGGGCGAAGUAAAGACCUCCCUCCCGGUCCUGUGGGACUCCCGAUCAUUGGCUCUAUUCUGGCCAUCCACCGUGAGAUGCGCCAAGGCAUAGAGCCCCACAAUCUGUUUAUAAAGUACGCUGCCAAGUACGGGCCCGUGUUUCGUCUGAACAUCUUAAACAAGACGGUGGUGGUCCUCAAUGACUACUCCUCUGUGAAGGAAGCUUUCCAGCAUCCUCAGCUGAAUGAUCGACCAAAGAUGCUGUUGUCUGACGUUCUAAAAAGUGACGGUGUCUCAUUUGCCUCUGGCAAGCCCUGGAUCGAGCUUCGUCGUUUCUGCCUGACCGUGUUGAGGAGCUUUGGAGUAGGCAAAACGAGCUUCGAGGAGAAGAUCGGAGAGGAAGCUGAGGAGCUGAUGAAGGAGAUGUCUGAUUUCAACGGGAAACCCUUUGACCCUAAGCCUCUAUUGGGCAACGCUGUUUCCAACGUUAUCUGCAACGUCAUUUUCGGCAAGCGGUACAAGUACGCCGAUGAAGAGUUUACACGGCUUCUGGCUUUACUCGCUCGCAAUUUCAAGCUGCUGGGUGCGGGUGCUGUGGUAAAUUUCUUUCCGAUUCUCCGCCAUCUGCCCUCCGUGCCUACUGCUGAAAUGAUGUCGAAUUUUGAGGAGAUUCGUGUAUUCGUGACCAGUAUAAUUGACAGCCACCGUGACAUCUUCGAUGUAAAUGAUCCCAAGGAUUUCACCGAUUGUUUCUUGAAGGAAGUCAAGCAGAACGAAGCAAAAGAUGCCAUGGGAGUCCAGCACGGUUUUCUCAGCGAACGCAAUUUUGCCGGGACUAUAAUUGCUCUCUUCGGGGCGGGAACAGAAACCACCGCCACUACGCUCCAGUGGGCUCUCCUGUACAUGACUGUUUACCCCGAGAUCCAGAGGCGAGUCCAGGCUGAGAUCGACUCCGUAGUUGGCCGCAACCGCUUGCCUAGGAUGGCCGACAAACAAGAACUGAACUUCACCCGAGCGGUUAUUUGGGAGGUCCAACGUCUAAGUCUCAUUGUUCCGUUGGGUGUAGCCCAUGCUGCCGCCUCCGAUACCCAGUUUCGGAAUUUCACGAUCCCUAAAGAUGCAUUGCUGGUCCCUAAUUUAUGGGCGGUCGCCCAUGACCCAAAUGUCUGGCCAGAACCCGAUCAAUUCAAACCCGAGAGAUUCCUGAACGACAAGGGGGAGGCUGUUAAGGCAGACGAGUUGAUACCUUUUAGCGUUGGUCGUCGUAGCUGCAUCGGUGAACACCUGGCGAAGAUGGAGCUGGUGAUCUUCUUCAGCUACUUCAUGCAUCAGUUUACCUUCAAGAAACCAGACAACUCACCACCGUUGUCUCUGAAGGGAAGAGGCGGUUUCAAUUACUCACCAUUGAGUUUCGAGAUUUGUGCCAUCAACCGCGAAUAAUGUUCUUUCGAAGCAAAUUCGGGUGCGAGAAUGGAAUUUGAACUUGAGAGUACUGAGCAAUCUCAUCAAGGAAGCUUCAGCAUUUUCUUCAUAUAGCCAUUAAGAUGUAAUUUUAAACAUUUAUUAGAUUUACGAGUUGUGUCUUCCUUAAUGAGUGAGAAGGGAGGGAGUUGGCGAGGCUGACCCCCCCAGGUGGAGCCUUUAAAAUAAUCUGUUCACCCCCUCUGCCUGCGACUGAAUAACUCCUUAGUUGUGAAAGGAGGGAAAUCACUGGUGGUUAAGUGGUAACAGAUGGUUUUAAACUAGUCAAGCAUCAGUGCUGGUAUCUGCGUGGAUAUCCUCCACGCGUGGUACAUUGCAGAGUGUUCGAAUUUUACACUGAUUGAAGUCAUAGUUAAAAAUAUGCGUCACGGCACUUACAUGUUCAAGAGAACGUUUGUAAAAUUAUUUCAAAUCGAUCAUAACCAGUAAUAGCAAUCUUAAUCAAUGAUUUAUUAUUUCCUCAGUGGUUCUCCUUACAAAAGAGACUUCAAACAGCGCAGUGCACUUCUCACUUUCAAAUUUCAGAAAAGGCAAAUUUAGCUUCCACCCAAACUGUAUAAAAACACAAUCAUUUGACGUGACAUUUAAGUCACCACUUAGUUUGCACGAAAUUUCAAAAUUCCCUUUCACAUUUUAUUACAUUGUAUGUCAUAAUACACAAAUGGUCAGUCCAUAAUUAAACCUCAUCGAAAUGCGAAUCUCACUGUUCCAACAAACCGAUAUUUUCAUUUAGUCAGUCGAAUCUAAGUUGUAAAUUAAUUAUGGAACGUCAGUUGUUGUUUGGCGCCGUACCGCUUUUUACACAUAUAGAUUCAAGAUCCAGAGACACUAUAAUCAGCUUCAGAGGCUCGUGUUCACACUGUGUGUACUAUUUAGACCACUGUCUCUUUCAAACUCCGACCUUGUCUUCUGUCAUUGUAGCAUUUAUUUGUGCUAGGAUGGCUGGAAAAUUUAUCUGGGCGUUGAAAAGAACCCAGAGCAAGGAUUGGUCGAAUCAGAAUCCAACUACGUACCGAAGGCCGACCACAAAAUUCGCACCUGUCAAAACUGACAUCCGCCCGUUAGAAGUCAAAAUGAAAAAACUUCUAUAGGACCUACACUUCUACAGUCAGUUGUAAUAGGAAAGCACACUAAGCUUGUCGGUUGAACGCAGGGGUCAAGAACGUAAACAAAAUCCAACCCAAAUGUACAUGCCAAGUAAGACUCCGGCACACCGUCGACCGAAAUAAACAACAUUCAUACAUAUCUGACAGUCUGCCUAUUCAACAACACGCUACUUGACCGUGCAUUAAAAUUUGUAACACAUUUUUCGUUAAUUUAAAGUUAAUAAGUUAGAUUCUAAUGUUUGUAACCUUCUGCAAAGAUGAAGAGGAAACCCUUACUCAACUUUUCUGUAACUGCCAUUAUGUUGUUUCUUUUGGAAUUUAUUGGUAGAUUGGAUUAUGGACAAGACUUAGACUCAGCUUAUAAUAGACAAUCAACUACUACUGUUCGGUGUUACUGACACUGGACUUAAAUGCCUUAUGUUAUUCUUUUAAUUUCUAGAUUUGACAUCUAUAAAAUGAAAAUAACCAGUAAAGGCCUUCGGUAGAAGGUUUGAAGAAGGCUAUCCAGUGGUAUUUUUGGUGUCAACGAACUUGAGUUUAGUAAACGGUACUUUCCAGAAAUUUUGGUUGAAAUGGGAAGAUUACUUUGCACUUUGUCCAAUUUAACUCGUACAACUACUGGCAAUUUGGCACAAAAAUAACGUAUUGUUAGACAUUAGUAUGUCAUUGUUAUUG